AUGUGCGAGGUACAGAAGCUGUUCGACGCACUCUUCAAGACCAUGGCCAGUGCAAAGGCUAACCGACGCUGCGAAACGAUGAAGCUGGUCAACGAGUUACGCUGCUGUAGCUGCUGCCACGAAAAGCGCAUAAACAUGGCGGCAGAGUCUACAAAGAAGCCUCAGGUGCCUCAGAAAAUCGAAAAGAAAGUUCUCGUCCUCUGUGGGGCACUACUGGGAUUGAUACCCAUCGCAACGGUGUUUCUGGCACGACACUACAACCACUCGCAAACCCAUGGCAGCGGGGCCUGCGUCUCAACGCUUUUAUACACCUCUACGGACUGCGAAGUGAUCUUUUGA